AGUCAUGUGCGUAUCGUCAUUGAUAAUGUGGGACGGCCGCUCAGUCAAUUCAAUUCUACCUUCGAGCUCGUCCGGGCUAUACGGGAUGCAAUCAGGGGACACCAGCAAGCGUAUAACAAUGGACGCAUACUUCAUCGGGACGUUAGUGUUGGAAACAUCCUAAUUGUGGAUGAGCAAACUAUGAAUCGCUUCUGCGGCUUUCUUCACGACUACGAUCACAGCCUGAUGGAGCCCUAUCCGAAAGCCCCCGCCAGUGAUCAACACAACUGCAGCACCCGCUCCGCCCCAGUCUCGGAGAGCCAUAGCGUUCAAGACUCUGGAACUGUCUGCUUCAUGGCCUAUCAGAUCGUGAACAGCACACCGAUCGCCCAUAGCACCAACCACGACCUUGAAUCAUUCUACUGGAUCCUGAUCUUUAUGCUCUAUCAUCAUACAAGCUAUGUGAAGGAUAAGAGGGCGAGGGAGGACUGCGAAAUGAUCUUCACAGAAAACCUCAGGGACAGCGCAGCGGGGAAGAGGUGUUGGGCAGAGGGCGCCUUCUUCGAGAUCCAGGGCAACGAGCCCCUUGCACAACUCCUGAAGGAUCUCCAAGACCUUGUCAUGUACAACAUCCCGACACGGAGAAAGGGCGCAAAACAAGAGCCCCUGACGUACGAUGCGAUGUUGGGCGCCUUCGACACUGCCCUCGACAAGCCCGGCUGGCCUCGAUUUGACUCA